CUAUUUUAGUUACAGGUUUUGUGCUGAGGGUAGUGGAUGAUUGUUUUGACUUGGUUUGCUGUGUGUGCUACAACAAUGUGGAUUUUAAGUUAUUCUUUAGCAGUACUUUUAGCCCUUGGUGUAUGUGAUGAUGAUCUUGCAACUGUUUAUGGAUCCAGCCCUGGCAGCAGUGGAGGCCAUCUUCUAUCUAAUAAUCCUAGUCAGUCCAUGCAGGAAGUGAAACAAAGUCUUUAUGGCCUAACUGAUGUAGCUGGACUAGUCGGCAAGGAUGCAGUUAAAUGGGGCUUUGGGACUGGAAACUACAAAUCUCAGGCUGGCUCUUCAGGCACUCCCAUGACCAGUGGAAAACCAGGCUCUGAAUUCCGUACUACAAGCCAACAAGGAUUUCAUGUUGAUUCCACUGGAAGUGGUAGUCUUGUUUAUGGUUCUCUGGGAAAUGCAGUGAGUAUGGGCAUGUCUGGGUAUGAUUCAAGUCAGUCAACUACUGUCCAAGGCUCUGAAGUCAUCAGUUCUUCUGUCUUGGCCCCAUCGCAGCAAAGCAGUUAUUCUGUUUCUAAGCCCAUGCAGGUAGUUUCCUCAAUUCCACUUCAAAUUAGCAGUGUGUCUGUGGCAAAGCCCAGCAGCCAACAAUUCGUGCAGACCAUUUCCCAGUCCAGCAGUGAGCAACCAGAAAGUUCUGGAACCGUGGCCCAGUCUAACCCUCUGCAGUUAUCCCUGCCUAGUGGCCAACAAAUAUCUCAGACAAGCUUCCAAUCUGCAGUGCCAUCUGGUAGAUGGCCCCUUAAGCCUCUGAAAGGUAAACACCAUCAAACUGGUUCCAGGCCAGUUCACAAAGCACCGAUCAGCUCCUCAAAACCUUCCAAACCCUCACAAUCUAGCUUGUCAUUAUUACAGUACAGUAGUGUGCCAAGUAGCCUAGAUGUGGCUAGCUAUGAACUUUUGAGCCAGUCAGGCAGCCAGCAAUCAACCCAGUCCAGUGGCCAAACUGUAACUCAACCAAGCGUCAUACAGGCUCCCAGUGUCAUUGACAUCUCUGUGGUUCAGCCCAGUAGCGAGCGAAUUCCACAGGCAGUUGAUGCCUCUCUGGCCCAGGUCUCCAGCCAGCAGCUGUUACAGGAAAGCCAAUCGGUUUCCCAGUCAAAUAAUGUACAACCAGUAGAUGUAGGUUAUGUCUUUGUGGCUCAGCCAGGUGGACUGACUCCUCUCAAGCAUCACAAAGGUAAACCUCACUUUGGAUCUAAGCCUUACAGUAAUAGUCCUCUCCAGACACUAAAAUUUACUUCUGUAGAUCAGUCCAGUAGCCAAAUACCAGUACAAACCAGUUACCAGUCUGGGCCCCGGUUGGUGGUUCAACAGCCAGCACAACCGGUCUACCAGUCUGCUAGCCAGCCCGCUGUGCCACAACUAGUAGAAGCCAUCUACCAAUCAGAGGCCCAGUCUGCUUCCCAACAGCCAGGACAAACAAGCUACAAGUUGGUUUCCAAACCCAGUCUUCAACAACCAGGAAUGGUUAGCUUUUCUGCAGCCCCACUUGCUCAACCAGCACAAGCUAGCUACCAGUUGGUGGCACAGCUAGGUGUCCAACAGCCAGCAAAGGUCAGCUCCUCUGUAUCCCGACCAAGUCAUCUGCAAGCAGGACAGUCCAACUAUGACUCUGUUGUCAAUCAGAAUGGGCAAACUCUUUUCAAGCCAGUGCAGUCCCAUGGGAUUCAUCAGAUUGGCUCCAAACUUUAUUCAUGUCAUGAGUUACCUCAGCACGGUUACCAGCGGAGACAUCACUCUCCAUCUACACAUGGUCUUCAAACUCUAGCUCAGGAUAUCAAGCCUUUUGUUCUGCCCAGUGACCCGAUUCCUGUGGAUCUCAAUCCCAGCCCCCUCACAUCUACUUUCAGACCAGCACAUCUGCCUAGACAUCCUAGCUUGCAGUCCGUAGUGCUUCAAAGUGAACAGCCAGUUGUACUAGAAGUCCAACCAAGUGAUUUGUCUCUUGCCAACCCUGGACCGGUGAGUUAUACUUUUGUAGCUCAGCCUACUGGUCAUCCUUCAAGACCAUUGCAGCAGCCUAGCUACCAGCCUCCAGCCAAGCUAUGGCAAGAUGUGUUUUGGCCCCUAGUCAAGCCUAACAAACUGGAGUAUUCCAGCUUUGAGGCACAAGUUCUUCCCAACCUUGUGUCAUUUCCUGUACAGUUUGUUUCCCAGCCUCAAAUGCUCCCCGCUAGUCUGUCUGUCACUCAGUUCAGCUCUUCCCCGGUUGUGCCUGUGCAGUCCAGCUACCAGCCCCCACUAGUGUCAAGUUAUGAGACCGUCUUCCAGCCUGUAUUGCAGACCUCUUCAGUGGUGGUGCCAUCAAGUUCCCAAACCUGGAGCACCCCAAUGGUUUCAAACUACGAGUCUGUGUUGCAGUCAGUCCAACCUGAACUUCCAGUUCCAUCACCGGUGAAUUAUCAGACUGUCCCAGAUCAAAAUACUCUUGGACCUGCUGGAAGCAAUAGGCAUUCAUCACGGAAGUUGCUUAAGCUGUUGCAACAAGUCAAGUCCUAGGUGUUUGCAGUUUCCUGAUUUGUUUACUUUGAUGUCAAUAAAUUAUUGGGAAUGUG